AUGCACCUGUACACCAAGAAUAUUCCACGCCAGUUGUACAAGACACUUCUGACUGCAUCCACAAUGUACAAGAGAGGUUUGUUUGCACCUUUCCAGUUUCGUUGCCCGUUUUCCCCUGUCGCUGCAGGAACAUCCCGCUGCCCCUCCUCCCAGCGCCAAGUCCGACUCCCUCCCCGCAGCGGGACGGCUCUCCGCGCCGCUCAGCCUUUCGCCCCAGUUAUUGACUGGGCUUCUCCUAGCACUUUUUUCUCUUUCUUUCUGCCUGUCUUUGGAUGGGGGAGACGGCCGGGCGAAGGUAAAUCUCCCGCCGGCAGGAUCCAGGGAGCCCCUGAGCUCCCCCCGCCUUCACCGAGCUCUGGCUUUCCUCUCCCUGAAGCCCUGUGUACACAAAGGGCUCGCUUCUGCCUUUCAAUUAGGGGACACGGGGACCUCCGGGGAGACCCCAUCCCGCCAGAAGGGACGAUCACAGCAACCUUCCCGCCCAUAAAAGCUUUCGGAACGGCGCGAACCUGCCGUGGGGAGGUGGCUAUUGGCAUCCCGGGGAGCGCCAGCGGUGUGUCCCCGCGGAGGGACGGGCCCGGCCGGGAGAAGCAGUGCGGGGACGCGGAGGGCCCGGCCCUCCCCGGUCCGGCUCGGCCCGGUGGUUCUGGCUCCCGCCCGCGGCCCCUCCGCCUCUCGUCCUCCUUCCGCUCGGCUUUGCCCGGCCCCGCCGCCCCUUCGCUGCCGGCCACCGCGGACACUCCACGCCCCCUCCGAAGAGCCACGCGUGACUUCAUGAAGAAACGAAGGCGAGGAAAGUCGAGAAAUUUUCUGUUUGGCAUUGAAGAGGGGAAAAAGAAAAGCCGCGCGUUCGGUCACCUGCUCUGCGUCUCGACCGGAGGAGAGCCCGGCCCGGCCGGGGCGUGAGGAGCUUUUAUUGCCCAUAAAUAGUACCGGGGGAGCGGCCGGUAAUGCGAUCAGGAAGGGAGGCAUUAGGCAGAACAGCGCUCCGGCACCGGGCCCUGCAGGCGCGCUCUCCGAAGACGGUGCGAGGCGAGCCGCAGUAAAGGUUUUAUUGGUAACUGAGAAGCGCCUCGCAGCCGCGGGUUUGGCUUUAAUGACCGCGGCGGUGGGCAGGAAUUACACUGCCGGGCUGGCGGCGAGAGCCAGCGGGCAAAGGGCGCUGCGCGGUAGUAACAAAUAUUUACUAAAGGAGUUCGUGUCAGAUGAAUGCCGCGUUUCAGCCUUCGAUUUGCCGGGUAAAUUUUUUUAGCAGCUAUGAAAGCAGACCAAUAACAUUUAUAGAGGAAAAAAAAAAAAAUUUGAAGUUACAAAUUUUUCUAAUAGCUGAGAAUUAACUUUUGACAACAAGCGGGAUUUCCCCUCUUCGUUGAUUCAAAGAAAGGUCUAUACUUAAAUUUCACCCUAAAAGAUCUGUUAUUUUAAAAAUAACAGCACCCCGCAGAGCAAUUUUCCAGCUCUAAAAGAACAUUUAAAACCAAACCGCAGUGUUGCCUGUGGGCAGACCUGUUUAGAGCCGGUGAGAGCAGAGCAUCCACAAUAUUUAUGUUAGGAUUUUCGAGUAUGCAGGGAGCACAGGGAUGUUACUCUCUCCUGCAGAUCCUGAAGUCCUUCCCACCUGAUUUUCUUUUUGGUCUGCUUAUUGCCAAGUAAUUAGUAAAAGGAAUUACCCGCUCUGGUGCUGUGCCUUCAGGUAGCAGAGGCAUUAAGGCUGUAAACUUCGCAUUUUCUGCAUAUGUCCGGCUCGCUCUCCUCCUCCAUCAGCAUCGGUCCCUUCAGGGGGGUUAAAAUUUUAAUUUAGUUCCUUGUAACUUGUGAAGGGAUAUAUUACGUCGCUGUCUCUGCCCAUUUGAAGUUAACAGACUGAUUGCAGUAACUUUACCUCUCCAGGCAAAGGCGGAGGGGGGGUUUUGUGGCAGUGCUGCCGGCAGUCCCUGUCCUGCCUCCGGGCCCACUCCGCGGCGGGAAUGGCACGUACCGAGGCACAGCUGGGAAAAUCAGAUGGCACGACCAUCAGAGCAACUACCACGGUCCUUGGGAAGACAGUCUCCUCUUGUUUUCGAAAAUAUCUCAUGCGAAUUUCCCCAGAUGGAAAAUUGUAUUUUAAUAUGCACUGGAAUGUUAACGUUACCUUGGAGAAAAAACACCCCCCCCCCCCCCCAAACAACAACAACAAUCCAACCAAACCAACCAACCAACAACAAAAACGAAACAAAACAAAACCAAACCAAACCAAAAAAAAACCCAAACAAACAAACAAAAAAAAAAAAGAGGGCGAGAAAGAGCAAAGCCAUUUGUAACUAAUUAACCUUUGAAUUUUUUGCCUUUUCUCAGACUUGGAUUUAAUCUCUAAAAUUUUUCCGUGCAAACAAAAACAGUAAAUACUGAGGUACAGGUUUAUAAAGAUACCUAAAUGAACACAAAGUAUGACAGUGCACUUAUGGAUAUAAGCAGUUUUGUCUGAGCACUUUCAUUGAAAAAGAAGCUGACAAAACUAUUAUUCCUUAUCCCUUGGUCAGAUUAAAAGCAGUCUGUUAUUUUUAAAUGUUUAAAUCCUUUCAUCAGAAAUAUGACUGUAUUCCAAAUAAUGAAAUAGAGAAAUUUUGCUUGUAACAAGAAAACAACAAACAACAACAAAGAAAUAAACUGCUCUAUCCCUGAAACAAUUUUUCACCUCCCCACCUCCAAAAUAACAACAAAGCGUCUGAGAAUUUUUUGCUUUUAUUUUGAUUUCAUUAUUCAGUGCUGGGACUUAACAAUUACAGGCUUGAAAAUCCAUUUGGAAACAGUAGGGCCGCGUCACAACAAAGGUCUGGCCAGCAUUAAUCUAAUGUUUGGAAAACACUUGACAGUUGCGAGGGCUCCCCUCUUUCCUUCCGUUCCUUUAAGAGUUACUCGUUUCAAAAGGGAAUCACAGCCCCUAUCGCUGUUUCUUCAGGUAGAUUCUCCUCUCUUCCUCUCUUUCCCCUUGGGUAAAGGGAUGAAUUAAAAAAUCAUUUAAUUAUUUUCAUUCUAAUCACCUUAAUCCCCUUUGUACUAGGAGCAAAUGAUGAUAAUGAGAUCCAAAUGGAAAAGACCCCCGGAUGGGAGGGGAUCCUCCCGGCCCUGCGUCGUGGCAGGUGGAGACGGGCGGGGCGGGGCUCGGCUCGGGGCUCUAACAUAAAUAAAGCAUUGGACUAAGCCUUCUCAAUCCGCGGGCAUCUUACUUUUCAUCAUUUUACAUUUGUUCCGGGUGACAGGGCUAUGAAGUGACCCGGUUGUCGCUCUGGGGGAGCAGGGGACCCUUCUGAAACAGAAGGAAAAACAAAGCCCAUCUCACUCCCCCCCCGGCCACCCCUCCGCCUCCUCAGAGCCUAAGCAAGGACAAGCUGAUUAAUUUUUCCCUGUGGCCCUGGCAGUCCCCGAGGGCACCUUUGCCACCAUCCGCGGCCGGCGACUGUGCAAACCCCUGAGGCUGCGGGGGCUCCGCUGCAGCCCAGGGACGAAGAGCAAGAGGAGGAGGAGGUAGAGGAAGGGCAGCUCGCCAGCGGUACUAGUUAUAAGCUCCACCGUAACAGUACUCCUAUCUAUCCUAUCCUGAGGCUGCAGGAAUGGAGCCAACAGCGAGAUCACCGGGCGCUGGAUUUUCUUUGGGCGUUUGUACAAAUCGUUUGUACAGAUCUGUACAAAUACGGGCCCUGCUGCAUUUUAUAAACAACUUCAGGGCACAGUCAAUCAAUCAUGCUGACAAGCAAGCAGACCAGGAGCCUAGGACAUAUACAAGGCAUAAAUAUAUACACAUAAACUCCGUCAAUUUUGGAGUAGUUACAUUUUUUUUCCUAUAAGCCUAAGGGAAAGAUUCUGACAAGUCAGGAAAUCACAGUGGAAAAGUAGAAGGUAUUGUUAAGAAGUUAUGUUACAUGGUAUGUUUUAAUACCAGUAAGGGGAAUACUGGAAAAGGGAAAGAAAAAAGUGUCUAAGCAAGUAGAUUUUUUUUUUUUUAAAUUAUGCUUAUAGUCAGAGAGACAAUUUCAAGAAUAUGUGGCUGAAAACAUGAAACCUGGCCACUUUAAAAUACAAUGCAAUAGAUAUAUCCGUGAAAGACAUGAGUUUACCAGAUUUUCUCAUCAGCAAAGUAUUCUUUAUAGUCUUUAAUUUUAAAUAUAUUUGUCUAGGGAUAGGUCCUUGCAAAGGCACAGUGUUUUGUUUUUUUAAUGGUCUUUUGAUAAUAAGAGUUCUGCACAGCAUGGAGUUUGUGUCUCUCUUUCUGACACUGAGUCUUUUUCUUGUAAAAGGAUAUGUGUGAACUCAUAAAAUGAAGGGUGCAACAGAUUUGAACAUCACAGUAAUGAGGAAAGAAUAGUUGCAUAUCACGAUAGGAGAAAGAUAAUCGAGUUUCUGGACUUAAAAGAGGAGGAUCUGUUCUGUGCUGUUGUAAAUUAGGAGUUUUACUGAAAGACAGGACUGGUUGGUACUGCAGGAACUGAGAGUUGUUCUUAUGCUGCUAUAAUCCAAACUGGGGCUCCUUCUUCUGCAUAGCGAACAUUGAGGAAAGCCUGGGCAAUAAUGUUCAGAGAGUAGAAUGCUACACUCUUGAAGAAAACAUUAAGAGGAGCUUUUUGCAACUGGUAAAGCCUGCCAAAUAAGCUUGGAAAACUGAGGACCACAAUGUUGGUUUUGCUCAGGAAAGCCAUUGUGUCUGUGUUGCAUUGUGUCUGUCUAUGCAGCUAUUGUCAGGAAUAAUUGUAACUUUUUUAAAUGACUUCCUUUGUUGUUUAAGUUUUCAUAUCAAGAAUAAACUUGAUAUUUGGUCAUUUCACUCGUGGUUGUUAUCUGUCUAAACAAAUCCUAUGAGGAGCUUAAGCCAAAAACUACUCAUGUCAGGAGAGUGGGUUUUGGUGAUGACCUUCCAAGCUGAUUGGGUCUUAGAAAUAUAAAUAAUUGGAAAAUAAUUGUGUCGCUGCCUUCUCAGAAACUUAAUGUGUUUAAAGAUGUGUAUGGUCAGCAGAAUAGGGAUUGUGCUUACAUCUAACAUCUUCCCCUUUUAAGGACUUGUGCUUAAAAUGGAUUGGAUCACUUACUUGUUUAAAGGCAGUUUCAUUUUCAAAUAACAAUUUAUGCUUAUAACCAUAUAAGUAAAUGCUUCAUCAAUCACAGCUUUAUUCUUGUGGAUCCAAUGUAUUAUUUUUCAUAUAUUAUGAAAUAUAUUCAAUAUAUCAUGGAGUCCUUUCACAGAAACUUGCCUUGAUUUGUAGUGUGUAAGACAGACACAAUGAGUGAUAAAUGUAUCAACUCAAAAUUUCCAGUUAAAAGAGUACAUGAAAUAAAUAACAAUUAAAAUAGUACCUGAAGAUCAAGGACUCAGAUUGUUUUGUUGGAGUGGGUUUUUGUUUGUUUGUUUUUUGUAUCCUGGACUAAAUUAUUGUCAAGACUGAUAUAACCAAGUUUUCUGGAAAUGAAGAAAGUGAAAAAGGCAGAACGGGUGAUAGAAAUACACAAUACAUAUAUCUGAAAGUAUCAACAACCCCAUUCCAUCCACCCCAUUACCUGGCUUCCUUCUGCCUUUGACUGUUCCUUCUAAACUUUGCAAUAUGGCAAAUGUCUUUCCAGAAGGUUGUACAAUGCUACUGAUUCAGCAAAGGCUGUUUGUGAGAAGUGCCUGCCACAGCAGACAGGUUACCUCAUCAGCUUACUAACACACAAAUUCUCCUGUGCUGCAUUAUUAUUAAUUACAGGUAUACCUGUAUACUGAGAACUGGCUACGAAGGCGGUGAAGCCAAAUGGGUACUUUAAUCACUGCUUGAGAAAAUUAAAGUUAUAAUCUAAUAUAUAUAGUUGCAUCCUAAAACUGAGAUACCUUUUCCUUUACACCAAUAUAGUGCUGCACCUGUACAGGUGGGACUCUGCUACUUGUUUUAUUGAUCUCCUUCGCAUCGUAGUCAUUGAAUUUUAUUAUUCCUCUUUUCUCCGAGUUUAAAUGCUUUUUGGCACUACUUGUAUGAACUAACAGUAUUACUAGCACUAUUUGUAGUAAGCAUAAAGCCUCCAAAGUCCUGCUUUUGGAUCCUCUUCUUCAUUGAGAACACAUUAUCCAAGGAGAUGUGAGAAUACUGCUUUGUUUCAGUUGGUAUAGUCACACACUGACACAUAUCAUCUUAAACAGUGUGUUGAGACCACAGGUCUGUUAGAAAGUGAGUCAUUAAAGAUACUUCUAAGCCUUUACUUCCAGUGUCAUCCUGAAUCUCCCUCGAGUUACUGAUUUGCUUUUGACAGAGGCAGGGCAAGACCUUUACUAGGGUGUAACUUUUUAGGUGUGUGGCAAGGCACACCUAAAUAAGUUACAUACACCUAAAUAAGUUUCUCCAAGUAUUAUCUCAUAUUCUACAUAAAAUUCUUCUUAGAUCAAAGUUGUGGUGAACAACUUCUAAAACAGACUAAAGAUCAUUAAUUGGUAUUCAUGAAAUUAAUUUGCAGAUGAUUUUGGAAUGGAUUGAAGUUAUUGACAUAAAACUGUACAUUUUGCAACAUGGGCUUCUUUUUCUGUUGCUUUUGUAUAAUAGAACUGUCUGUACCUUGAAAAUAUAGAUACUCACUGAGAGUACAUCUUAACUGCUAAUUUAUCUUGGUUAUGUUAUUUAACCACUGUGAAGAAAUUACAGAGAACACUUUAUAUUUUAUAAAUAAUCAGAUUAUACCCUAUUUACUAAUUUGGGAGGAAGAGAUAUAGUUUGCAAGACUGCUCUGCUUCCCUGUGGAUAGCUGUGGAGGGGCACAGAUGUGUUGGUCAGGGCAGAAAAGUUAUUAUGUUACUGCAGGAAAGUGGGAGAAUGAGGUAUGAAUGCAGCUGGGACCAGGUAUUAUUAUCUCUUACAGAGACCAUCAAUCUCAUCUCUUCAAAACUUCUUUCUUGAUCUGCAUUAAAACCAAUAAACUUUUAGCUUUCAUGAAGUCUCAUCACAAAAGAUUUCCUUCACUUUUUUCUGUUUUACUAAUUUGAGUCUUUAGACUCAGGCUAUAAACCUUGAUUUAUGACUGACAAUUUAAUGUCAUAUUAUUAAAUAUCACUAAUUUAAAAAAAAUUUCAAUACACUUCAGAGUCUUUAUGAUUUCAAAUAAAAUCUUAUCUUGGAAGCCAGAAUAAUGUCUAUAUUCCAUUACAUCUUCAAAUUAGCCCUUUAAGUGUUGUGAUUUUCAGUAUAUGUUAUGCAACACUACACACAUUGUGAAGACUUAAUA